AUGCAUUUCUCUAUUCUCUUUUGUGUGAGUAGACUUUUGGCCGUCGCUCAAGCCGUGUACAGACUAGUGGACACGUUAGAUGCGCAGACCUUCUAUGACGAACGUAUAUUCCUAGUAGGUGGUGACCCCUCCCACGGCUAUGUCGACUAUCUUGACAAAGCCACUGUGCAAUCGAAAGGUUUAGUUUCAACUGCGGACGGUGUUCUAUAUGGUAGUUGA